AUGAAGAAGAAGCGACCGUCCAAUGAGAGUAAGUUGGGGAGUGAUGUUGAUGGUGGGGAUGAGGAAAAUGAAGACGAGGAAUACGAGGAAAAGAAGCCGCCGAAGGGUAGGAAAACUACAAGGAAGGCCAGUGGAACCACGACACGACCCGCACGUGGCUCAACACGCUCAAGAGUUGCCAAAAAAGCUACGCCGGAGGUGGAAGUCGACGAAUCAGAAUCCGGUGGAGAACCUGAACUCGUGUCCAAAGCUUCAGAGGCCAUGGAUGAUGAUAAUGAAAACACAGUGCCAGUCCGGAGGUCUCGACAGGGACUCCUAGCGAAGAAAUCUGGUAGAUCGAAAACUGCGAAAGUUGCUACUUCGGAAAAACAACCAGAAGUUAUGGAAGAGGAAGAGGAAGAAAAAUCUCUAUUCGAUCCUCUACCACCCGCUUCCGUUCCUAUGGCUCAGCCUCAGACGACCGUCGCACCAGAACCCGAGGGGCCGAAAGCUCGACUAGUCAUCCACAAGUUGGUUUUGGUCAACUUCAAGAGCUAUGGGGGAAGACAGGAAAUCGGGCCGUUCCAUGAAUCAUUUUCAUCCAUCGUGGGCCCCAAUGGUUCCCGAAAAUCGAACACUAUCGAUGCUUUACUCUUCGUCUUUGGCUAUCGAGCAACGAAGAUGAGACAAGGAAAACUCGGUGAAUCGAUUCACAACUCAGCAAGAUAUCCCGACUUGCAGGAGUGUAGAGUUGAAAUCUAUUUCCGUGAAAUCACUGAUUUGCCUGGUCCAGACGAAUUCGAGAUUGUACCAGAGUCGGAACUUGUCGUUGCGCGGCACGCUUAUAAGAACAAUACCAGUAAAUACAUGAUCAAUGGAAGGCAGAGUUCCUUUACCGAGGUUCAAACUCUGUUGAAAGGAAGGGGGAUCGAUUUAGAUCACAAACGUUUCUUAAUUCUCCAGGGCGAGGUUGAAUCCAUUGCCCUCAUGAAACCCAAAGCAACCUCUGAACAUGAUGAAGGUCUUUUGGAGUACCUCGAGGACAUUAUUGGGACCGCGCACUUCAAAGAACCCAUCCAAGAAGCAAUGGAUGAGUUGGAGCGAUUGAAUGACUCGCGGCAGGAGAAGCUGACACGGCUAAGAUUGGUAGAGAAGGAGAACUCUCUGGAAGCCAAACGUAAGGAGGCCAUUGAAUUCCAGAAGCUGUGGAAACGAGCUCGGCUGGAGGAAUUAGAGGAGGAACUUGAGCAGGAGAAGGCCAAGAAUAAGGAUGAUGUAAAUCAUCUGGAGCUGCUGGAGAAACAUUACAGGGAUAGGGAAGCAGCUUACAAGGAACUUCAAAAAGCUGCAACUGCAGCCCAGAAAGAUUUAGCAGAGCAGGAGAAGAAGGAAGUGGGCGUCAACGAACGUAAGAAACACGCCGAGGGGAAGGUGAAGAAGCACAGCAAACUAGUGAUGGAGGAAAACAAUUCUCUCCGGUCUGCAAAGCAGACUAUUGAAGAUAGUACUCAGAGGAUCGAGAAGGGAAAGGACAAGCUGCAAGAACACGAGGAGUCUUUGGUCAAAGAGGAGAAAGCGUUGGCAAAGAUUCAGGACUCACUCAAAGAUAAGACUAAAGUCUACUACGACCAAAAGGAAGUCUUGCAACGUGAACUGCAACCUUGGAAUACCAAGAUCAACGCUACGCAAUCUGAGUUCGACAUUGCCACGAGUGAAAGGGACGCGGUUUUUAGCAAGGCAGAGCAGGCUAAGCAAGCCCAGGAAGAAGCGGACAUGAAGUUGGAGACUCUGAAAAGUGAGAUGGAACAGAAGGUUGAAAGGCAGGCACAGCUCAAGGCGCAGAAAGUAGGGCUGGAUAGAGACAAGGAGGCUUUAGCUAAGAAAAUUCAGGAUACACAAGAGGACGUAGGGAAGUGCAACCGUAAAGUUGCGUCGUCAAACGCGAAAGUUUCGGAAGCCAAAGCUUCGCAAGCGGAAAACAGAUCGCAGAAUCGAGUGUUGACUGGUUUAAAUGGGCUCAGAGAUUCGGGGUCAUCUCGGAAGCCUUGGACCAUACCAGACCAAUACGACGUUGCAAUCUCUACUGCUUGCCCCCAGCUACAUCACAUGGUCGUUGACACAGUCGAACAGGCGCAACAAGGCAUUGAGUACCUUCGCACAAACAAUCUCGGUCGAGCGUCCUUUAUGGUCCUCGAUAAAUGUCAAUACCGACCUGAAGCCAUGCAGCAAAAACCGACUCCGGAAAACGUCCCAAGGCUUUUCGACCUGAUCGCAAUAAAGGACGACAAGUUCCGCCCAGCGUUCUAUAAGGCACUUGCGGACACCUUGGUUGCACAAGAUGUGACGCAAGCGAAUCGUAUCGCUUUUGGUGAAAAGCGAUGGCGCGUUGUCACCUUAACAGGGCAAUUAAUCGACCUCUCUGGGACUAUGUCUGGCGGCGGAAGAAAUCAAGCUAGGGGAGCCAUGAGUUCCAAGUUUUCCGCGGAAGCAGUCAGACCGGAUGUGAUGAGAAAGCUGGAGAAAGAGAGUCAGGAUGCUGAGGUCGAGCUACAGGAGAAGAUGACCGAGCUGAAGAGUGCCCAGGACCAACUUAGUGCGGCCAAAAAGAAGGUGCCAGAGAUUGAGAUGGAGUACGUGAAACUGGGAAUGGAGAUUCAAACAGGGAAAACGAGGGUCGCAGAAGCAGAAAUGACAGCAGCGGCAUUAAAGAAGCAAAACAAGUUUGAUGCGUCAGCAACCGCUCGUAUUGCAGAGUUGGAGAAGUCGAUAAAAAAGGCCAAAACAGAGUUGGACCGCCUCACUGAAAAAGCCGAAAAGAUCAACGCGGAACUCAACAAGAUCGACGAAAAGAUUCUCGAAAUUGGGGGUUCUAACCUGAUGGCGCAGAAAUCGAAAGUCGAUGGCCUGAAGAAUUAUAUAGACCUCACGAACGACGCGAUCACCUAA